CACACACACACACACAGCGCGGUGUGAGCUAACAGCUGAACACCUGUACACAGACUAACACCUGUACACAGACUAACACCUGUACGCAGACUAACGUCAGACAGCAGCACAGAGGGGCACGGUGACGUCAUGUCGAAGAAGAAGCACGUGGUUAAAGGUGAAGGCUCGGUCGCGAGGAUUCGAGAGAACUCCAGACUCAUGCGCACGCACGAAACGAUGGUGGACUUCAUAAACGGGCGUCACCCGGGCAGGUCCAUCCUGGACGUCUUCUCCUCGGGUUUGUUCGGUUCAGAUUUUUUACACUCCUUCGAUGGAAACUUGGAGGACGACAUCAUUUACUCUGAUGAAGAUGAAGAUGAUGAAGAUGAUGAUGAUCGCGUAUAUUCACAGAAUUCUGCUCACAAGGCUCUAGAGCCACAUCCACGAAUUAGACAACUCACUGACGAGGAGGCAGAUAAACAUGCGAAGGAGUUGUUAGAAGAAGAACGUCGUAAAGACAAAACGGAGAAGAACAAGCGUAAGAAGAUGCGUAAAAAAGCAAAGAAGCGUUUAGAGAAGGAGAACGCAGUGAGAGACACUUUACCUGACGAAGAACGAGGGAAGUCCGACUCAGACAGAGAAGAAAAUAAACGUGAAUGUGAUGAGACACAAAACACAACAGAGGAAGUGACGCAUGACGACGGCGAGAAGAAAGAAAGAGAGAAAGAAGACGAGGAGCCAAAGGAUUUGGAUUUAAAUAAUUCAUAUGUCUCUCCGGAGGACACGAGUAAACAGAGGCCUGCCCGAGCCCGAACAAAGGACAGACACAAGGACAAGGACAGACGUCGGAUAACGGAAGGUCAACAGCUGGACGAGGAAAAGACAAAAGUGGAGGAAGCUGCGAUUCAGAAGAAGGACGAGGACCGUGAAGCAGAGACGGAGACAGGGACAGAGCUCGCUGCUGAGGACUUCACACGGAGGAGCAGAGAGCUCGCUGGUGUUGGGAAUCGCCUGGCUGCGUCUGGACAGUACGACCUGGCCGUGAAAUACUUCACUGACGCCAUCAGAUACAACCCCAAAGAAUUCAAGUUGUUUGGAAAUCGCUCUCUGUGCUAUGAGCGAACGCAGCAGUAUGAGCGCGCUCUGAGAGACGCUGACCUGGCUCUGUGCAUGGAGCCCAACUGGAUCAAAGGUUUGUUCAGGAAGGGGAAAGCUCUCUGUGGACUCAAGAGAUACUACGAGGCCUCGCUCAUCUAUAAGGAGGUGCUACAGCUGGACAGCUCGAGCACUGAAGCCAUGCAGGAGCUCAAACGAGCUCAGACGCUGCACCUCAUGGAGAUGGGCUUCUCGUGGGCGCAGAGCUCCGAGGCGUUGAAAACACACGCCACGUUGGAGGCGGCGGUUGAAGCUCUGUUUGGGGACUUGAAUCUGAGUCCUGCAGAUGCUGCUGCCGGGCAGGACGUCACAGAACCAGCGGUGCAGGACGAAGGCGGCGGCGACAGCGAGUGGAUCGUCCGACAGACGAGCCGACCCAGAAUGCAACAGUCUGACGAUUCGGGCCAGAGCAGAUCUCAGUCACCGCCUGCUCUGAAGAAUCCUGCCAGAGUGGAGCUCUUCCCCGUCUGGGUCGGAUCUUUAGCUCCGACGGUCACCUACACCACCCUGCACGAGCUCUUCAGCAGAGCCGGCACCGUGUUCAGCAUCAAGAUGCUGCUGGAGCAUCAGUGCGCCUUCGUCAACUACAGCAAGAAGGAGGACUGUGACCGAGCCAUCCACUGCAUCAAUGGCAUGGUGGUAGAGGGCGCUCCGCUCUCGGUGAGAUUUCCCAAUAAAAUCCACAACGGACUGGGAAUGUCCAAAAUGGCCGCCACUGACUUCAACACACGGCCCGGCUCGUACAAGAAGGAGUGUUUCUUCUGGAGGACCACGGGCUGCACGAGGUCCGACUGCACCUACAAACACGUCCCGGAGCACAAGAACAUCGACAAGGACAAGUUCACCAGCCGCCUGGGUAACAUCAACAUGUAGAGCGAGGAGAAGCCUCGGCACAGCGGCGGGUUUGAACUGGACCGCUCGGUUCUGUUUGAAAAGAAUGUGUUUGGAUCACAGUACCGACACGAAGGACCGGCAUCGAGCUGUGAGCGUUCAUCUGCAGUCUGUUUUCAGGGACUGUUGGUUUUACAAUGAGUCACCACCAGGUGGCACACUUCAUGUUUGGGCUGUGGUCAGUGUGAGUGUUUAAACGUGUGUGUUCUGAACUUCAUGUGUUUAUUUAGUGACGGCAGAAUCUGGGUAAGUGCCUUUAGGUGGCUGCAGAGUUAGAGUCCGUGUCGUGCCAUAACAUGUUAAUAUACAGAGAGCGAUGAAACGAUACUAAGGCACCUCGCACCAAAGCAGGAGGAGAGGUGAGCGCCUCCCUGGCUGCGUCUCCUCAUGAACAUGGAGGAUUUGUGCAGGUUUGUUUUUUGACUCUUCCACACAGAGUUGAAUAAUUAGUGAAAGGUGAAAAAGUCUCAGUGUUGACCUCGGUGACGGCUGAUCGUACCUCACCAAGCCCUUUACGUCUGUAGUUCUUGUACCAUGAACUCUGGGUGAACCUGCAGGUUCAGAUUGGUCUGCUUCAUUCACAGAUACAUGCUGAUCAGAGUUAAACACUCCUCACGUGACUAAAGCCAACAGCAGAUGAAGUGUGUCGUGUGUGUGUGUGCAGAGCUUUGAACGGAGGACGGCGUGACGCUUUGCUUUGUGAUCGAUGGCUCUGCAGCACAAACUGUCUCAGUAAUUGAAUGCAUGAAUGCAACAGAAUGUGAUUUUUAUUCUCAUGCUGUGUUUCCCUCGGCUGCUAAAUAAACUCGAUGUGAUGUGAG